AUUUUUAAUAUAGCAAAUUAAGAGACAGAUAUAUAUUAUAUUCAGAGAAGGGUCAAACUGAUGAGCGAUGCAGGGUCAUGACAUGAUGCCCAUUUACUUGCUCAUACUUUUAUUCAGCAAAUAGUUAUUUGUUGAACUGUCCUGCCUGCGGGCUUUUUACUGGGGGCUGAGGAUUCGACAGUGAAAUGUCACAGUUCCUCCUCUAAAGAGUUCACAGCCUGGUGAUAGAGGCAGACAGGUCAUCAGAUAAUUGAUACCCAAGACUCUGAUCAGAGAAAGAAAGGCAGAAAAAGUGGUGAGCCGAAGCCCCUCACCUAGACUCUGGAGAGGAGCCUUGAGCAGACUCUGUGGAGGAUAUGAUGUCUCCUGAAGCCAGAGAGUCUAUAGGAAGUGACUCAGGUAAAAAAAAAAAAAUGCAAAGAAGAGGACAGAUAUUCCAGGAAAAGAAGCCAGCAUGUGGGGGGAAAUUUUUGUAAAGCUCAGGGACUUACAGUCAAGUGUGGCUUUUCAAAUCUCAGCUUGUCCACUCGCUGGCUGUGUGUCUUUGGGCAAGUCGCUCUAGCUUUCUGAGCUGGGCUGCCCACCUGUAACACAGGAGCCGACCACAUCUCUCUGAAAGGAACGUGCAGCGGAAGGGCGGUAGGUGCUCACUGCAGAUCCCUUUCCCUCUGGGUAGUCCUCACUCCUGUUUCUGCUAUGAAUGUCCAGGUGUCAGGACAAGAUGCUUCAGCUUUGGAAACUUGUUCUCUUGUGUGGCCUGCUCACUGGGACCUCCGCGUCUGUUGUUAAGUCUGUCAGAGAUGGUUUGAGUAAUGCUGUAAAGAAGAUGGAGCCCGUUUUUGGUGACAUCGAAAAUAGCAUUCAAGAACAAGCUUUCCAGCCUCUCAUUGGCAAGACGGUCAACCUGGCGGCUUCCUUGGGCUUCAUUGCUGACAUCGGACUUGAACCUGAUGCCAAUACUGGCAUCCCCGAAGUGGUCGUGAAAAACUGUUCCAGCAACGAAGACAGCAUCUCAUUAAACUUGUUGGGCAGACACAGUGCAGUGGUCAACUCCCUCACUGACACUCUGACCGGCUUGUUGAGCAAGACAGUGUCCUUGCUGGUGCAGAAUCAGGUGUGCCCACUGAUCCGCCUCACUGCCGGCACCUUGGAUGGGAAUUUUGUUCAGGCUAUCAUCGAUAAACUGAAGCUGGGAGGCGAAGCGCAAAAAAGUGUCUGAAGAGGACAGA